GACACAGGCGCUGCUCUCUCUCGGGAUGGCGGGGUUGUCCAUCUCAGAGCUUGCUCUUUGUCUGUUCAUUCCUGCGGGUCACUCUCUCAGGAGCGUCUGCUCAGUCAAUCAGGAUGCUGGACAGUUGCUGAGAAAGCUGGGCUGACAGGGAACGGGACGGGGGCUUCUUCGGUGGGAGACGAAGAGAGAGGAAGGCCGAGGGAACCAGCGGGAGGAUUCCAUCCAAUCGGAAUGCUCCAUACUAUGGAGUCCAAGGGGAAAGUUCUUUCGACGCCUGUACAAGGGGACAAGGGGACAGCAUUUACACUGUAUUCGCAGAUAUUUGGGGGCAGAUGGUUGAAGCAUUCGGACUCUCCCGGUCUGCUGGGUCCCAAGUCACAACGACGCAGGACGUACGGAGCUGUUGAAAGUCGGCUUUCUCACCGCUGAGUCCAUUGGUUUGUUAACGAGGGGGUAACCAGCCAUGUUUCUGGAGGCGCCCGCUAAAAGGGCGUUUCUCUCAGUUGUCUGUAGUUAUCCACUCAUCUCUCGGAUGCGAACUCACAUGGGCGCCUUUUCAGUCGACCCAGGGGAAGUUUACGACAACUGCAUACCCAUGUCCUAAUUUCUGCUUCACGCCAUGAUUCUGGGGUGAUUUAGAACAUAGAACAUAGAAUAGCACAGCACAGUACAGGCCCUUCGGUCCAAAAUUUUGUGCUGACCCUCAGACCCUGCCUCCCAUAUAAGCCACCACCUUAAAUUCCUCCAUAUACCUGUCUAGUCGUCUCCUAAACUUCACUCGUGUAUCUGCCUCCAUCACUGACUCAGGCAGUGCAUUCCACGCACCAACCACUCUCUGAGUAAAAAACCUUCCUCUAAUAUCCCCCUUGAACUUCCCACCCCUUACCUUAAAGCCAUGUCCUCUUGUAUUGAGCAGUGGUGCCCUGUGGCAGAGGCGCUGGCUAUCCACUCUAUCUAUUCCUCUUAUUAUCUUGUACACCUCUAUCAUGUCUCCUCUCAUCCUCCUUCUCUCCAAAGAGUAAAGCCCUAGCUCCCUUAAUCUCUGAUCAUAAUGCAGACAUUCUAAACCAGGCAUCAUCCUGGUAAAUCUCCUCUGUACCCUUUCCAAUGCUUCCACAUUCUUCCUGUAGUGAGGUGACCAGAACUGGGCACAGUACUCCAAGUGUGGCCUAACCAGAGUUUUAUAGAGCUACACCAUUACAUCGCGACUCUUAAACUCUAUCCCUCGACUUAUGAAAGCUAAUACCCCAUAAGCUUUCUUAACUACCCUAUCCACCUGUGAGGCAACUUUCAGGGAUCUGUGGACAUGUACGCCGAGAUCCCUCUGCUCCUCCACACUACCAAGUAUCCUGCCAUUUACUUUGUACUCUGCCUUGGAGUUUGUCCUUCCAAAGUGUACCACCUCACACUUCUCCGGGUUGAACUCCAUCUGCCACUUCUCAGCCCACUUCUGCAUCCUAUCGAUGUCUCUCUGCAAUCUUUGACAAUCCUCUACACUAUCUACAACACCACCAACCUUUGUGUCGUCUGCAAACUUGCCAACGCACCCUUCUACCCCCACAUCCAGGUCGUUAAUAAAAAUCACGAAAAGUAGAGGACCCAGAAUAGAUCCUUGUGGGACACCACUAGUCACAAUCCUCCAAUCUGAAUGCACUCUCUCCAGCACCACCCUCUGCCUUCUGCAGGCAAGCCAAUUCUGAAUCCACCUGGCCAAACUUCCCUGGAUCCCAUGCCUUCCAACUUUCUGAAUAAGCCUACCGUAUGGAAUCUUGUCAAAUGCCUUACUUUCGGUCGGUCAAUUCAUUGAGGACCUCGGUCACUUCCACAGCCUCCAGGCACAUCUUCCCAGCUUUAUCUCUAAUCGGUCCUACCUUCACACCUGUCAUCCCUUUUUUCUUCACAUAAUUGAAGAAUGCCUUGGGGUUUUCCUUUACCGUACUCGCCAAGGCCUUCUCAUGCCCCCUUCUUGCUCUUCUCAGCCCCUUCUUAAGCUCCUUUCUUGUUUCCCUAUAUUCCUCAAUAGACGCAUCUCAUUCUUGCUUCCUAAACCUCAUGUAUGCUGCCUUCUUCCACCUGAUUAGAUUUUCCACCUCACUUGUCACCCAUGGUUCCUUCACCCUACCAUUCUUUAUCUUCCUCACAGAGACAAAUUUAUCUCUUACAUCCGGCAAGAGAUCGCCAAACAUCGACCACAUGCCCACAGUACAUUUGCCUGCAUAAAACAUCAUCCCAAUUCACACCCGCAAGUUCUAGCCUUAUAUCCUCCCUAUUCGCCUUUCCCCACUUAAAAAAAAAUUCUGUCCUCUCUGAUUCUAUCCUUUCCCAUGAUAAUGGUAAAGGCCAGGAAGCGGUGGUUACUGUCCCCCAGAUGCUCACCCACAGAGAGAUCUGUGACCUGACCCGGCUCAUUACCUAGUACUAGAUCUAGUAUGGCAUUCCCCCUGCUCGGCCUGUCCACGUACUGUGACAGGAAUCCCUCCUGGACACACUUAACAAACUCUGCCCCAUCUAAACCCCUGGAACUAAUCAGGUGCCAAUCAAUACGAGGGAAGUUAAAGUCACCCAUGAUAACAACCCUGUUAUUUUUGCACCUUUCCAAAAUCUGCCUCUCAGUCUGCUCCUCCGUAUCUCUGCUGCUACCAGGUGGCCUAUAGAAUACCCCCAGUAGAGUAACUGCUCCCUUCCUGUUCCUGACAUCCACCCACAUUAACUCCAAAGAGGAUCCUGCUACAUUACCCACCCUUUCUGUAGCUGUAAUAGUAUCCCUGACCAGUAAUGCCACCCCUCCUCCCCUCUUUCCACCGUCUCUAUCCCUUUUAAAGCACUGAAAUCCAGGAAUAUUGAGAAUCCAUUCCUGCCCUGGUGCCAGCCAAGUCUCUAUAAUGGCCACUACAUCAUAAUUCCAUGUAUGUAUCCAAGCGCUCAGUUAAUCACCUUUGUUCCUGAUGCUUCUUGCAUUGAGGUACACACAUUUCAGCCCUUCUACCUUACUGUCUUUACACCGUUUAUUCUGCUUCUCUUUCCUCAAAGCCUCUCUGUAUGUUAGAUCUGGCUUUACUCCAUGCACUUCUUUCACUGCUCUAUCGCUCUGGGUCCCAUCCCCCUUGCAAAUUAGUUUAAACCCUCCCGAACCAUGCUGGCAAACCCACCCGCAAGGAUAUUGCUCUCCCUGGAGUUCAGGUACAACCCAUCCAUUCUGCACAGGUCCCACCUUACCCAGAAGAGAUUCCAAUGAUCUAAAAAUCUAAAACCUUGCUCCCUGGACCAACUCCUCAGCCAUGCAUUAAACUGCCAUCUCCUCCAAUUCUUACCAUCACUGUCACGUAGCACUGGCAGCAAUCCUGAGAACGCCACCCUUGAGGUCCUGUUCUUCAGCCUUCUGCCUAGUUCCCGAAACUCACACUUCAGGACCUCAUCCCUCUUCCUGCCUAUGUCGUUGGUCCCAACAUAUAUCACGACUUCUGGUUGUUUUCCCUCUCGUACCAGGAUGUCGUGCACCCGGUCAGAGACAUCCCGGACCCUCCUGCACCGCAGGGUCAGACUCAGUGCCGGAGGCCCUGCCACCGUGGCUCACACCUGGUUGGUCGUCCCCGCCAACGGCAUCAGGGACGGUAAACUUAUUAUUCAGGGGAAUGGCUACUGGGGUUCCCUGCACUACCUGUCUGCUCACCUUCGCUUUCCCCCCUCUGACUGUCACCCAAUGUCUCACAUACCUCUGACAUCUCCUCUGUACCUACUUACCACACCUAAUACCUGUUGGCUCUUGUAGCAACCAUUUCAGCCCUGGGAAAUGCCUCUGAAGAUCAACACGAUCAAUGCCUCCCAUGAUCUUAUACACCUCUAUCAGAUCACCUCUCAUCCUCCGUCGCUCAAGGCCGAGUUCACUCAACCUAUUGUCAUUAAGCAUGCUCCCCAAUCCAGGCAAAAUCCUAGUAAAUCUCCUCUGCACCAUUUCUAUGGUUUCCACGUCAUUCCUGUAGUGAGGCGACCAGAACUGAGCACAGUACUCCAAGUGCGGUCUGACCAAGGUCCUAUAUAGCUACAACAUUACCUCUCGGCCCCUAAAUUCAAUUCCACUAUUGAUGAAGGCCAAUACAACGUACGCCUUCUUAACCACAGAGUCAACCUGCGCAGCUGCUUUGAGCGUCCUAUGGGUUCGGUUCCGAGUUCCCUCUGAUCCACCUCACUGCCAAGAGUCUUACCAUUAAUACAAUAUUCUGCCAUUAUAUUUGACCUACCAAAAUGAACCACUUCACACUUAUCUGUGUUUAACACCAUCUGCCACUUCUCAGCCCAGUUUUGCAUCCUAUCAAUGUCCCGCUGUAAGCUCUGACAGUCCUCCACACUAUCUACAACACCUCCAUCCUUUCUGUCGUUAGCAAACUUACUAACCUAUAACUCCCCUUCCUCAUCUCGGUGGUUUAUAAAAAUGACGAAGAGUAGGGGUCCCAUAAAAGAUCCCUGAGGCUCUCCACUGGUCACCGACCUCCAUGCAGAAUAUAACCCGUCUUCGACUACUCUUUCCCUUCUGCGGGCAAGCCAGUUCUGGAUCUGCAAAGCAAUGUCUCUCUCUCUAUCUGUUCAUGUCGGAGGGUGAAAGAAACUCACUUUGAGAUCAUUAUCGGAUUCAACACAGCAGCAGAUAUUUGUAGAACAACACACAAGGUUUGGUUCAGAUUUGAGCAGAGUCCAGAUUCUCUGAUCCAAUCAGCGCUGCCGCCUGUGACGUCAGCAUCCAGUUAUCUGACGCGCAAACCCGGAAGUGCGGCUCAGUCUCCGAGUGUAACAGAGAUCGGCGCUGCUCUCUGUCGGGAUGUCGGGACUGCCCUUCGCAGCGCUCGUUCUGUGUCUCUGCAUAACAGCCGGUGAUUCUCAGCAGUUUACCAUUUUCGUUGAGCACAAACAGAUAAAUGUCACCGUCGGGGGAGAUGCGCUCUUUUCAGUGCGGCCGUCGGCCAAUAUCUACAAUGGAAGCUGGAGUUUUAAUGGGAGAACAGUCGCCCAGUGGAUCAACCAGUCAGUGUCUGUUGACGAUGCCUUAACAUCGCGGGCUAAGUUAUUCAUCUCCAACGGGUCGCUUCUGCUGAAGUCGGUGAAGAUGUCAGACAGUGGGAGAUACCGUGUGAAUAUGGUUCCAACGAUUGGCUCCCAGUCCUCAGUGACCAUCACUCUGGGUGUCAUUGCAAAAACAGAUGGCAAAUGUACCCUCAGCUCUGGCGCAAUCGUGGGCAUUGUGGUAUUUUUCCUUGGCGUGACCCUGAUCGGCGGAGUCAGUGGAUGGUUGAUCACCCGGAAAACUGACGAGAUCAGGGAUCCACCACAAUCCCAAUACUACACGAGCAUGGAUUCCCGAAGAAGGAGCACCUUGGAUACAAACACCGUGAAGGCAUCGCAAAACGAUGAACAUUUCCCAAGGAAUGAGCAGGGACUUGAGCUGGAGGACCGAUCUGUUUACAGUGAUCUGAAGAGAUGACGUCACUGGGGAACGGAAGAGGAUGGUUGGCAGGUGAAUUGACACAGAGGAAGGACAACCAUCGAGGAAAAAGCCAUCGUUCACAAUGUCUUUCGUUAUUUCUUUAUAAUUGUUCUCCAUGUCUCCGCUACAUAGCUUCUGCGGUUAACAUCCUCACGACGAAGACAUCGCUGACGGUUCUGACUCGUUUGUACCAUAGCAGAUUAGUUCGCUCAGCUCAACCCAGACUUUACAUCCCAUAAUUGCCACCUCCACACUGCCACCAACAUAUACCCUCUCAACGUUGCUGUGUGAUACAAUCUCUGUACCGUCCUGACCCACAUCAUGGGCCGAUAGGUUUCUGACCACUUGGUACGCUCAGAAACAUGAAAUAUCGUAGCGUGUCGCUCUCAACCCUCAGCGUCGCUCCGUUAUUCACUUGGCGUGAGGCCGGUUCAGCUGCACAAGCGGCCAAGUGGGAAUAAUUCCAUUAAUUUCACCCUCAGCGUCACGGAGCUGGCUGUGAGCAAGGGAUACGUAUUCGCCCACUGAAUACUGUGUCAGUCUCCUCGUAUUCAGCUUCCGUUAGUGUCUCAGAGCCACAAACCCAUUUGGACAGAGUGGUGGGGAUACGAGAAUGGAAGGCAGAAGUGCUUUUCCAGGGAUUAGAAAAUACCUAAUGAGCUUUAGUGUUUCUAAGCAAAACAGCAAAUAACAUAGUCUCUGUGCUCUUAGCUUCGAUUAAAGCUAUUCUACUCUGGUGCUGUUAGCAUUGCGAGUUCGGAGAUGAAGUCCGGCGUCACGUGUAAUAAAUCUGUCGAUCUCCCUAUCCAGAGUCCGGGAAGGUUAAUUGGUCAUUGUAAAGGGUCCCGUGGUUAAGUUAGUGUCAGAACAUCGAACACAGAACAUAGACAUCUACAGCAAAUUACAGGCUCUUCGGCCUACAAUGUUGUGUCGCCCUUGUCACCUACUCUGGAAACUGCCUUGAAUUACCCUGCCACAUCGCCCUGUAUGUUUCUAAGCUCCAUGCGCAGAUCACAGAGACACUUAAAAGAUCCCCACAACACGCUGGAGGAACUCAGCAGGUCGGGCAGCAUCCGUGGAAAAGAUUGGUCGACGUUUCUGGCCGGAACCCUUCGUCAGGACGUUCCGGCCCGAAACGUCGACCGAUUUUUCACACGGAUGCUACCCGACCUGCUGAGUUCCUCCAGCGUGCUGUGAGUGUUGCUUUGACCCCAGCAUCUGCAGAUUAUUUUGAGUUUGCACUUCAAAGAUCCAUUGCAUCCGCCUUCGCUGGGAGUGCAUUGCACGCACCCUGCACUCUCUGUGUGAAAAUCUUACCCCUGACCUUCCCCUUGUACCUACCCCCAAAUUCCAUAAAGCUACGCGCUCUGGCGUUAGUCAUUUCAGCCCUGGGGAAAAACCUCUUGCAAUCCGCACGAUCAAUCACCGUCAUCGUCUUGUACACCUCUCUCGGUCACCUCUCAUCCUCCGUCGCUCCAAGGAGAAAAGGCCGAGGUCACGCAACCUAUUCUCAUAGGCCAUGCUCCCCAACCCAGGCAUCGCCCUCGUAAAUUUACUCUGUUCAUGGGGUUUGUCGUCGGUUGCUGAAAGUCUAUUCCGCGCUUUAUGGCUGAAUAAUAAAUGUAAUAAAAUA